AUGAUAAUCCCAUUGCUCCUUAUCUUGCAACUUGCAAUUGGACAUGAUGAGAUUAUUGAGAAUGAAAUGAAUUGGGUACUCGAGUCGCUGGAACAAAAAAGCGAUUCAUGCAUGCUAAAUGUCAUGGCUAAAUACUAUAUACCAUACCAAGAGAUAAUUCCCGCACAUGACGUAAAAGAACGUGCUCUAGUUAGCAAAAUAUUGGCAGUCGAACUAACGAAAUGCCUCUUUGAUGGUCCUUAUAUGCCGGAGCUGGACGAACGGUGUAAUGCCACGGAAUGGAACGAAGAGAAUUUACAGAAUUGCGUAGGUUCUCUUGCGCAGAAUAACGUUAUCUGGACUACAUUCAACGGGUAUCUAGGUCAAAUGGACAGCUUAGUGCAUGAAAGAAGUGAGAAAAUUGAUAAUCUUCGUAUUUUGAAGGAAUACAAGUUAAUCAUAAGUAGCCUGGGAGAACACAUGGAUAACAUAUUGACAGAACGCAUUGAAAGAGAAUUUGAGUUUGCUGAUAUAUUAAAUACGUGGCAUCUGGAGCAUGAACAGACACAUCUAGAUUUGGUUCAGAAUCUCAAAUCGCAAAUUGAAGAGCUAAGAGCUUUCAAUAAGUUGCAACAGGAAAUACAGCAGGAAGAGCGUAUAAGGUUGAGCAAGUCUUCAAGGUUCCGUCUGCCAGUAUUAAUUGUUGCAUUAUUGCUAUUGACAAUGACUGCACUAGUACAAUUGGUGGGAGGCGUAGAUCGCACACAAGUGGAGCUAGCUUUAUUUCUUCGGAUGAUAGCAUUCGGUGUUGGUGCAGGCCUAGCAACCGUUUUGCGGCAUGAAUUAAGUAAAUACUUUACAAAGCUUGAUCCAGAGAAUAUCACAUAG